AUGAAGUCCCUGCAUCGCGCAGCCAUUCGCUAUUCUGCAUGGAAAGCUGAACAUGAUCCACAGUUCAGGCCUUGGCGUCACCCGAGUCAACAAUCCGGACUUUUGCCCAUGGUAGACAUGGCAGACAUUCUGAGUGAGCCGGACUACGCACGUAACACAAUUGACGAAACCAAUGUUGACGAGGCCGCUGCUCGCCGAGAGUGCGCGCAUGAGGAUGCGGAUGGCGAUUUCUAA